UUUUCUCUUUCAUAUAUUUCACACAUGGCCUCUAGAUUGUUGCUGCCUAAAUUCAGUAAGCCUCUUUUAGGCAAUUUACAUUAUCGCCGUAGUUUAGCAACUGCUACCAACUUACUUCCUUCUUUGCGUAAAACCAUUUUACCUAAUGGUUUUACAGUAGCCACCGAAGAGAAUCCUGCUUCACAAACAGCCACUGUAGGUGUCUGGAUUGAUGCUGGAUCUCGUGCAGAAAACGUCAAGAACAAUGGCGCUGCUCACUUUUUAGAACAUAUGGCCUUCAAAGGCACAAAAUCAAGAACACAACGCGAUUUGGAACUUCAGAUUGAAAAUAUGGGAGGACACUUGAACGCCUAUACUUCCCGUGAACAAACAGUUUAUUAUGCAAAAGCUUUCAAAUACGAUGUUCCUCAAGCAGUUGAAAUUCUUUCUGAUAUUCUUCAAUACUCCACACUUGAUCCUGGCGCUAUUGAAAGAGAACGUGAUGUUAUUCUUAGAGAACAAGAAGAAGUUGAAAAACAAAUGGAAGAAGUUGUGUUUGAUCAUUUACAUGCCACAGCUUUCAAAAAUGAAUCUUUAGGCUUGACUAUUUUGGGUCCUAAAGAAAACAUCCAGUCACUCACCCGUGACGAUCUUUCGAAUUACAUUAAAACCAACUACACUGGUGAGCGUAUGAUUCUUGUCGGCACAGGUGGUGUGGAUCAUGAUGCACUUGUUAACCUUGCUGAACAGCAUUUUGGUCGACUACCCAACAAGCUUGAUGCUUCUACUAGCAAGAGCGCUAUGAAGAAAGCUGUCUUUACAGGCUCUGAUUUUCGUGUGAUGGAUAAAGGACAACAAGCCCACAUUGCUGUUGCAGUAGAAGGUGCCAGUUGGACAUCACCCGAUUAUUUCCCUCUCUUGGUAAUGCAAUCCAUCAUUGGCUCUUGGGAUCGUUCUUUGGGUGCUACUGGCCAUAUGGAUUCUCGCUUAUCUUCCGUGUUACAUAACCAACAAUUAGCCAACUCAUUCAUGUCUUUCAACACAUCUUACAAGGACACAGGUCUUUGGGGUAUUUACUUGAUUACUGAAAACAAGGAACGUAUUGAAGACUUACUUCGAUCUACAAAGAAUGAAUGGGCUCGAUUAUCUAGCUCUGUUACCAAUGAAGAAGUGCAACGCGCCAAACAACAACUAAAAGCAGGCUUAUUGUUAAGUUUGGAUGGUAGUACACCUAUUGCUGAAGACAUUGGCCGCCAAUUGUUAACAUCUGGAGACCGUAUGUCACCUAAGGAAGUAGAACAAUUGGUUGCUCAGGUUACAGUAGAAGAUGUGCGACGUGUAGCCCAAACUUAUUUACAGCGCGAUGCAGCUGUUGUCGGCAUUGGCGCAGUUGAUAACAUGCCUGAUUUUAAUCGUCUCUAGAGAAUAAAACGGAUUUUAUACUACA